AUGGAAAUUCCAUCGUUCGAUGGCCAAAAUCCUCAUGUUUGGCUGUUUAAAUCAGAGCUAUUCUUCAACAUGCAACUCAUUCCUGAAGAAUUCAAGAUUCGAUUGGCAGGAUUAAAAAUGGAAGGUGGUGCAGCAUCUUGGUUCCAGUGGGUGCAUGCAGGUGGGACGGUGCAAUCUUGGGAUGAAUUUGCCCAAGCUGUUUGCCAGAGAUUUGGGGGCACUGCCUAUAUGGAUCUUCGAGGUGUACUCUCUAAGCUUUCACAAUCAGGUUCAUUACAAGAUUAUGUGAAAGAGUUUGAGGAACUCAUGAAUCAGGUACCUGGUUUAGAUGAUAGCAUGCUUUUUAGUUUUUUUGUGUCUGGGUUAAACAUGGAACUCUGUAGCGUGAUACAAGUUCACUGGCCUGCCAAUCUCCAACAAGCAAUGCAGUUGGCUUUUGCUUAUGAUGCUUAUCACCAAGAGCUUUGUUCACCUUUUUAUGGCCAAUCCAAGAAACACAGAUGGAAGAAUAAUGCACACCCGACUUCAACAUCCUCAACCAUGUUACAGAACAAUGCCAAUCCAAGUGCACCUUUGUUACCAACUCCUCCUUCGUUACCAAUUAAGAAGCUAUUACAAGAAGAACUUAAAAAGAAACGUGAGCUAGGCUUGUGCUAUACAUGUGAGGAGAAGUGGACCAUGGGCCAUAGGUGCAAGUCAAGGAUGUUGCUCUUGAUUGCUGAACCUGAUGAUGAUGGUGUUGAAGGAGAAGAAGAAAUAGUUUGGUGUCCCGAAUCAAAUAAUGUCUUUCCACAGGAAGGCCUCUUGAAUUCCUUAUCCAUGCCAAGUAAUAACCAGAUAAUGCAGCUGGAAGAAAUGAUCAGGAACAAGAUGGUAGGAGUUCUUGUCGAUUCUGGAAGUUCACACAACUUCAUACAGAAGGAAUUGGCAUUGGAGCUUGGAAUUCCUUUAGUGCAAACAAAAUGUAUGAAGGUGGUGCUAGACAAGGUUCCUAAAGAAUUGUGGGAAGUUUUGAUGAAAUAUCAUAGAGUAUUCGAAGUUCCAAGAAGUCUGCCACCUUCUAGUGAAAUUGAUCAUUCAAUUCACCUGAUUGAAGGUUCCAAACCAGUCAAUGUGAAGCCUUACCGCUACCCACACUUCCAAAAAGCAGAAAUAGAGAAGCAAGUGAAGGAAUUGAUGUCAACCGGAUUUAUUCAAGAGAGUAAAAGCCCAUAUUCUUCCCCUGUUCUUAAUUCUUUACAAGAACAUAUACAACAUUUAGAAAUUUCUCUCAAUUGUUUAAGUACUCAUGAAUUUUUUGUCAAACUAAGCAAAUGCUCUUUUGCUGUUGAUGAAAUUGACUACUUGGGUCACUUGGUAUCGGGUUUGGGAGUGAAAUCCGAUCCUGCUAAAGUGGCUGCAAUGGUUCAAUGGCCACGCCCUCAAACAGUGAAGCAACUUCGUGCAUUCCUUGGACUCACAGGAUACUAUAGGCGUUUUGCAAAAGGGUAUGCAUCUAUAGCUACUCCUCUCACCAAUUUGCUGUCACAAGAAGCAUGGCAAUGGUCAAUUGAGGCACAGACUGAUGCAUCGAACUCAGGAAUUGGAGCAGUUUUGACUCAAAAAGGAAAGCCAAUUUCCUUUUUCAGCAAGAAGCUUGGCCCUCGGCUGGCAGCUGCCUCCACCUAUAUUAAAGAAUUCACAGCCAUCAUUGAAGCAGUUAAAGAAUAG